UGCCUCGUGUCUAUAACAAUCGCCGAAAAGAAGAAUUAUUUUUUUUUACUCUUCUGCAAAGUAUCCGGAUCUCUUCGUCGUCCUUUGUUUCCCCGGUCAAUAACCUUCGCUCGGAGUGUUUUCGGAAUUGCUUUUUCGAGAAGAAAAGCAACUCUCCGGCAAAGCCAGCCAGCUCGCACCCCAUCCCGUCCUCCCCUCGCGUGACGUCCAACCAUCCCUCACCAAUGGCGCGAAAGAACGCAAUGACAAAUGACACCACUGCUGCACCAGAAGUAGCUGCAGCAGCAGAAGCUCUUCCUCGCCGACGCUCGAUGCGCCACAAAUCCACCGUCGCUACGGCUACUACUACUACUACCACUACUACCACUACUACCCCUCUCACCGCCCCCCCAUCCUCUUCAAAUACCACCUGCGACCCCCGACCGAAAAAACGGAAGAGAUCUUCGAUAUUUACCGACGCCGCGACGUCCACCACCAAGACGAUGGAUACCGACGAGCCGCAAUUGUUUGCCGCCGCCAUCUCGACCGACACCACCGAGUCGGUCAAGAAAGACGUCGGCCCUUUUCUGUCAAAGCAUAUCCCGCAGCAGUACGCGCCCCAUGGGAAGCCGGAGACGCACAGUCACGAAGCGGGGGAGGGGAAUACGAGAUAUUGCUAUCGGCAUCGGCCCGACAUCAAGUGUCGGCGGCCGGCGGAUGAGCCGACGAUGGAGCAGCUUCAGAGUAGUAUGGAUAGUCUACCGGAUGCCGAUCGUCAGGCCAUCACUCACGUGUGGUCGUUGUUUUCCGCCGCUCCGGGCCAGAUGCGAAAGAUGAUGCUUCAAGGCAUAUUACAACAGUGCUGCUUCCCGCAACUAUCCUACCUAUCCGGUGCGAUCCGCGAUCUGAUACGCAUCGACUUCCUGAGCACGCUGCCGCCCGAGAUAUCCUUCCGAAUCCUAUCCUACCUCGACACGGCAUCGCUGUGCAAAGCGGCGCAGGUAUCGCGGACGUGGAGGAUGCUGGCGGAUGACGAUGUGGUGUGGCACAAGAUGUGCGAGCAGCACAUUGACCGGAAAUGCGACAAGUGUGGAUGGGGGCUGCCUCUGCUCGAGCGAAAACGAUUACGAGCGUCGAAGCGGCAGAUGGAGCUGCGAGCCAAGGAGCCUCAGAUUUUCACGCAUACGCACGACAUCACCAAUGGCGCCAGCCGCCUCAAUAUCCACGGCAAGCGGCCCGACAACCCCACCGACGUCGAGGCGGCGUACAUGCGACCGUCAUCGUCCGCCGGUACCUGCUCCCCUUCCGCGUCGAAACGGACGUGCCAGCGCGACACCGAAGCGGCGACCGAGAGCAGCAGUCCGCGCACGCAACCUUGGAAGACGGUGUUCUCGGAGCGCUACAAGGUCGAGGCCAAUUGGCGGCGGGGGCGUUGCACGAAGACGGUGUUCAAGGGUCACACCGAUGGCAUCAUGUGCCUACAAUUCGACGACAAAAUCCUGGCGACGGGCUCGUACGACUCGACGAUAAAGAUCUGGGACAUUGAGACCGGGGAGGAGAUUCGCACGCUGGUCGGGCACACAUCGGGCGUGCGAGCGCUGCAGUUCGACGACACGAAGCUCAUUUCCGGCUCGAUGGACAAGUCGUUAAAGAUAUGGAAUUACCGCACGGGAAGAUGCCUGUCGACCCUUCCCGGUCACACCGACGGCGUGGUGUGUCUCCACUUCGACUCGACGCUUCUCGUUUCCGGCUCGGUCGACAAGACCAUCAAAGUGUGGAACUUUGCGGACAAAUCCUGCUUCGCGCUCAAGGGGCACACGGAUUGGGUCAACAGCGUCCGCAUCGAUUCCGACUCACGCACCAUCUUUUCCGCCUCGGACGACCAGACCGUCAAGAUGUGGGACCUGGACACGCGCUCGUGCAUCCGCACGUUCGAAGGCCACGUCGGCCACGUCCAGCAAGUAAUCCCGCUCUCCCUCCCCGACUACACUCCUCCACCCUUCGACGCCGAGCACGCCUCACCACCCCUAUCCCCUUCCCCGUGGUCCUACCGCGAGCCCUCGAAAAAGACUGACCGCAAGCCACCGCCGGGAAUGCUCAUCACCGCCGCGCUCGACAGCACGGUCAAGUUCUGGGACGUUGCAUCGGGGCGCUGCUUCAAGACGCUCUUCGGCCACGUCGAGGGGGUCUGGGCCCUCGCGGCGGACACCCUCCGCGUCGUCAGUGGCGCCCAGGACUCCAUGGUCAAGGUGUGGGAUGUCAACACGGGGAAAUCGUUGCGCACCGUCACGGGCCACGCGGGCCCCGUCACCUGCGUCGGCCUUAGCGAUAGCAGAAUGGUCACCGCCGGCGAGGACUGUGUCGCCCGCAUGUACUGCUUCAAGAGUACCGCGGCUAGUGAGCCCGAGGAGUGUGUCGGCGUCGUGACGGAGGGGAUGGUCGAGUAUGAGUCGCCGUAGUGAUUUUUUGGGUGCGGGUUGGGUGCAGGGGCCGUUUCAGGUGCGGGUGCUGGGUAUAUCGGUGUUUUUGAUAUUUUGAUUUUGAAAUUUUUGAAAUUGGGCAUGGGUGUAAUGUACUUAUCGGUGGGCGUGUGGUGUUUUUUCUUUUUUAUCUUCUUCUUACCUUACCUUACUAUACGGAGGGAUUCAUGAGA